AUGAGUUAUCGUCCAAGAAUACCUACACUUGAUGAACAUUAUUGUCAAGUAUGUUCAUCAAACUCAAAUAAUACAAAUAAAUCUUUAGCAUGUUUUACUUGUGAUCAUUGUGGUUUAGCAAUGUGUUAUGAAUGUUUUGAAAAACAUACAAGUCAAUUAAUUGGUGAAUAUUCGCAAUUACAAAAAAGAUUUUCAAAAUUAACAAAUCUUCUUGAUGAUAAACGACAAUUUUUUGAACAAUUUCAAGAUCAUUGUAUGCGUAGUGUAAAUGCUGUAUUUGAUGAAGCAAUUAAUGAUUUAGAAAAUCUUCGAUAUGAAAGUAUAAAUUAUGUUAGAAAAGAAUUUAAUGAUGCUGAAAUAAUUAUGUCAGAAUUAAUGGCAAAAUGUAUGCCAUUGAUUACUAAAUCACAAGAAAAUUGGUCUCGUAAUGGUAUAACAAAGAAUGUUAUGGUUGAACUUGAAUUACAACAAAAACAAAUUAAUGAUAUUGAACAUCGUCUUGAAAUGUUUUCAUCACCAAAUUUACAAAUAAAAAUGUCAACAUAUCCACGAAAUAACCUUGAUUUACAAUGUCAAUUACUUUUAAAUUCUUAUAAAUCAACAAACAAAUUUUCUCAUAUAUAUCCAGGUAAAACAAUUGUAACACGUUGUUCAUGUUCAAAAGAUAUUGAUUUACGAAACGAUAAAAUUGAUGUUGAAACACAAGUUGAAGAACUUAUUGAACAUAGUCUUACAAAUAAACAAAUUCAAACUGAUCCUAUUAUUGAUCCUAAUCUAAAUACAGAUGAUGAUGAUGGUGGUGGUUAUAAUGAUAUUGAUAGUAAGAGUUGUAGUUUAUUAGAUGAAUCUGAACAAAUUAAUAAUCGUAUUAAUAAUGAAAAUUGUUUAAGUACACGUUUUAUUCAACAAGGUACAAUAUUUACACAAAAUGAAGUUGAUAGAAUUGCAAGUGAUGGUGAACAUUUACUUUAUUAUUCUGAUACAUCAAAAUCACUUUGUUAUAUAACAAAUAUUGAGUCAACAAGACAAGCUAAUGGUACAUCAACAACAAAUGAAAUCACAUGUCGAUGGCCACAUCAACCUGUUAUUGAUUUAAUUUAUUCACCUGGAUCAUCACAAUUUAUAUGUGCAACAAAAACUGGUAUUUAUACAUGUACGAUUAAAAAUUCAAAAAUUGAUAUUAAAAUGCAAUUAAUACAACUAUGGACAUAUGUAAGAAUAUCAGCUGAUCAAGAUGCAAUUUGGCUUUGGUCGGAUACUCCUCGAACAAGUCAAUUACGUAAAUAUUCACCAAUAACAUUUGAUUGUAUAAGAAUCUAUGAUUUAAAAGAUUAUCCACGUUUUUUCGAUAAUAGUACAUCAUUUUGUGUACAGACAAAUAUAUUUGCAACAUUAUUUCAAUUUAAUAAAAUGUCCAGUUCUUUAUCUUAUCGAAAAUUUUUUCAUUUAACAUUGUGUGAUAUUAAAAAUUUACAAGAAUUAUGUACAAUACAUUUAGGUGAAUGUGAUAUUGAUCAUGAAAUUCGUCAUAAUAAUGAUGGAUUAUUUUUUAUAACAAAUGGUAGAAAAAAGUUAUGGAUUGUUGAUCAUAAUGGUAAAAAAGAAUAUGUUAAAUUACAUCGUACAGGACGUGCACUAGCAUUACAUAAUAAAAAUCAUAUUAUAAUUGCUAAUGGUACUCAACAAUUACAAUGUGUUGAACUUUUACAAGAUGAUAAUGGUAUUAUAUAG